GGACACACCGUGCUGCGCAGCACUUACAUGCUCCACGUGCGUCACCUCUUCUGGAUACUUGAUAAGGAUUUGUGAUGACACUACCCCCGCGGGUUACUGACAGAUAAAAAAAACAGUGGCAUUUUGCUAAUGUUAAGACGUUUUCACCUCAAUAGAUUAUCUGUCCCAGAACGGAGAGGGGACAUGGGUGCGACUCUUUUACCAUUUGGCGCUAUGUGUGUUGUUUUCUUGUGGGAAUAUGGUGCCAGCUCUAUCAGGACGACGCUUGCAGUGGACACCUCGAGAACAGAGUGUCCAGAUAACAAAAUCUUGACAGUGGAAUAUCCCUGUGUUAAUGCAGGAGGGAAGAAUAGCACUUGUUUCAGGAGGAAAUGCUGUGAAGGAUUCAGGUUUGUGAUGGGCCAGUGCAUACCUGAAAGUGUAGAUGUGUGUGCUGCAUUGCCCUGCGAGCAGCAGUGUACUGAUAACUUUGGACGAGUUGUCUGCACAUGUUACCCUGGCUACCGCUUUGACCGAGAAAGACAUCGCAAUCACAUAUCUCCCUACUGUCUGGACGUCGAUGAGUGUGAGAAUCCAGGAAGCAGCAUGUGUGACCAUGAGUGUGUAAACACAGUGGGCAGCUUCCUGUGUCGCUGUCGCAGUGGCUACAUACUUGCACCGGACCAACGUUCAUGCAUCCCUGUACACACCUUGAGUUCAUCGGGGAAGUCAGACACCUUGAGUGCUGGUUCUUGCUCGUUCACCUGUCAGGAUUUUAUGAACAUGAAGAACUGUCUGCUAAAACUAAGGCUGGGCAACUCACAGUCACUGAACCAGGUGCCUGGCCUGGCCAACAGCAGCAAUAAGCCAUCUCUGGGGAGGACAGGAAAAAAUACUAUUAGCCCUUGUCUUCCUGGUUUACCUGGCCCUCCAGGAGCUCCAGGGGUCCCAGGACACCCAGGAGAACUGGGGAAAAGAGGGGACCCAGGGGAGAGGGGCCCACCAGGCCCUCCGGGCCCACGGGGACACAUGGGACCCAUGGGUCCAGAACCUGACCUGAAGUAUACCAAAAAAGGCCGCAGAGGGCCAGUGGGACCACCUGGGGCACCAGGCAGACAUGGAUUAAAGGGUGCCAGAGGAGCUCCAGGUCCCAGAGGUCCACCUGGACCACCUGGCUCCUUUGACUUCCUUCUGCUAAUGAUGGCCGACAUCCGCAAUGACAUAAUUGAACUGCAGGAGAAGGUGUUUGGGGAGCAGCGAAGCAUCUCUUUGGACAAGCCUCCUCAUUCCAGAAGGGAGGUGGAUUUUGUCGACUGGGGCUCUGGACACGAAGAUCUCAUGUUCAACACUUGAUCUUUGAUAUCUUUCUCACAGUAACGGACACUCAGACUCAGCAAAACAAACAUGAAACUUGGUUCAUUCCUUCACUCAUAAGGGAUGCCAGUGGCACAAGUAUCAGCAUUUCUAUCCUCGUAUGAAGUGAGCAAGAAGCCUUGACUAAACACUCAUCACUGCCACAGACAUUAAAACAAAGAUACAAGAAUCACAACAUCAGAAGUCUGAACACAGACUUUCUUAACCACAUCAAAAUUCGAAAAAUCAACUGGACUAGGUUUUUAGGUCGAAACGUUUCACCUCUCAUCCAAGAGGCUUCAUCAGUCCUGCCUGACUGGCGUUGAGUUGGAGAUAUUUAUCCCCAUUGGUGGUGUUUCAGUCCUUUGAUAUCCAAUGUCUUGCUGCCUUUUAUAUGCUGUAGUGAGGGGGGGGGAUGUGUGUGUGGAACAUAGAACAAGAAAGACGAGCUGAGCUGUGCCUCUGAGCUGAACCACUUCAAACACUGAGUGUCUGCAGAAUCCAGCCUUCAGUCUGAGCUUUGCACCUGUUCUCUAAACUGACACAUCUUCAUUCAAGAGAUUACAGUUUUUCUGAAUUGUUAAAACAUGUUUCUUGAAACCAUCACUCAAAAACCUUAAAAAUC